AUGUUUGAUCGGUGCUGGUUUGAAUUUUAUGUUGGAAAAUGUCAUUUGAGAAGAAACUGUGAUGGGCUACGAUUUCGGAUUCUCGACUUGAAAGCGUUAGCCUUUUUGUACUAUUACCCGAACGAUCGUUAUGUUUUCACUGAUAAGGAGGUUAUCAAUCUUUUCAAAAGUGCGCUCGGCCGAAAUCAGGCGAUUUGCAACUGUUGGGCAACAAAUAACGAUGUGUACGAUUUCACCAGCUUGAGAGAAAAUGAGAUGAUGAUUUAUUCGGGAAUGAAUAUGGAGCAACUACAGAACUAUGCUUACUGUGUCAGCCCGCAAGCAGAGCACGAUGACGAUUUUUGUGGCAGUGAUUCACUGGAGUAA